UUGACAGCUGACAGCUCCAUUGCGGUUUCAUAACAUCGCCAAAUUUUUUUAUUUUAAAAUAAAAUUAAAUAAAACUACUUUUCAAUUUGAACCAUGCAUAAAUGUUUAAUGUGCCACAGAAAUUCUAUUUCGUAAAAUUAAGACAUGCUUACACAUAACCUGUAAAUACCAAAACAAAACAAAUAAAAAAUCCGCUAUGGCUGUUCGAUUUGAUGCAGCCGCUUAUAAUUUUCGAAAGAAAUGCCCUUACGUGAGAAAAGACUUGCUUCGGUGGUUUCCAGGUCAUAUGAAUAAGGGCUUAAAGCAAAUGCAACGAAAACUUUCCUCAGUUGACUGUGUUAUUGAAGUUCACGAUGCUAGGAUACCGUUUACCGGUCGUAAUCCCGUGUUCACGGAAACUAUGAUAGGAACAAAACCUCACAUUCUUGUAUUAAACAAGAGAGAUCUGACAAUAACUACUUUACUGCCUAAAAUUGCUGACCAAUUAAAGUCUGAACAAAAUAUGCAGAAUGUAGUGUUUACAAACAGCAAAGACCAGCAUUGUCGUGGUCUUAAGACUCUAAAACCUCUUAUGGUUGAUUUAAUUAAGAAUUCUAAUAGAUAUAACCGAAGUGAAGAGUUAGAUUACAAUGUUAUGAUAAUAGGUGUGCCUAAUGUUGGUAAAUCAUCAUUAAUAAAUAUGUUGCGGUCAAAAAACAUGAGGAUCCGACACGUGCUGCCGGUGGGGGCUGUGGCGGGAGUCACGCGCAGCCUCAUGACUAAAAUGAGAAUAAAUGAUGACCCAAAGAUAUUUAUGUUUGACACACCAGGCAUAUUGGAGCCAUCAGUGACUGAUAUCGAGAUGGGCUUGAAGCUAGCGCUUUGUGCAUCACUCCAGGACCACCUGGUAGGCGAGGAGACCAUCGCAGACUACUUGCUGUACUGGUUGAACAGUCAUUCCAAGUUUAAAUAUGUAGACUACAUGGGACUGGAGGAACCUAGUGAUGAAAUACAAAAGGUGUUAAUAUCAGGUGCAAUAAAAUACAAUCGUAUCAGAAGAGUGAGAGAUUUUGACGGCACAAUAAGAGAUGUGCCUGACUUGCUGGAAUCAGCCAGAGCUAUGAUAAAAGCCUUCAGGAUGGGGGAACUGGGGAGGAUAUUCCUUGACAUAGAUGUAUUGAAAUUCAAACAUAAACAUGAAGUACAAGAAGAGGAUUCCGGCUAGUUGAUGAACACUUAAAGUGAAAGUUGAAUUUUUUUUUAAUGUACAGUCAGCUACUAAAUAUGUAUACAUUUUAAAAGCUGAUUGUACAUGCAAAACUAAUUUAUAGAACAACCAGAUGUGAUGGACUGAUGGGGUAUUUUAUUGUGUUUAAAUAUAUCAAAGCUGGAACCAGUCAACAGUUUAUUCUUAUAAAUCACUUGUUUAUUACAGUGAUUGAAUGAUUUGAAGCUGGUUUUUUAAUGUCAAUGGUUUAGAAAGAUUUCCUACACUUGUUAUGUAUGUUUUGUAAAUAAUGUACAGUAUUAGAUUGUAAUUGUGCUUUAAGAUAGAAAUUUCCUGAAUUAAAAUAUUAAAUGGAAAUCGAAA